CUAGUCGGCAGAUAUGGCUGGACACUGUCAUGCAAUGCAAGUCUUAUGUUUGCUAAUUCGAUAUUUGCUUCAGUUUUUACAGAUUCUCACAAAAUCCCACUCUCUUCUCCCCGCCGAAGUCAGCAGCACAAAUGCCCCAAUGCAUCUCUUCCAGUGUCAUCUCCUUCUCUUGAAAGGAGGAAGGAGGGCGCUUCAAUGAGGGAGAAUGGCUGUGGUGGUGGUGGUGUGGUGGUGGUAAGUUUUCAGGGUUUAAUAAGAAAAGGGCUGAGGGUAGAGAUGAAAUUGAUCCGCCGAGGAAGAAUCUUUCACUUGAAAGACCGAAAGCUCAAUCCUACUAACAGUAUCUCUUCUGUACAGACUAUAGGUAUCGAGAAUAUUGACUUUAGUCUGCGCAUUUUACAUUUUAUUUUUUAUUUGAACCAUUGAAAACUUUACUGACUGUCAAUAAGAUGGAAGCUUGCCUUCAUGGGCAGUGAUGGUUUUGGAUAACCAUAGGGUUUGGUCAAAACUUUGUUUGUGGUUCAUGAAUAUCAAUUUUGGGAUUCAGUUAUGUAGAAUGUGCGAGGAAGAGAAGCUCCAUUGUUGUUUUGAUGCUUGGUUGUUUGACGUGAAUUAGCUAGUGUAACACUGAUAUGCUGUGGUUACCAGGUACCUAGGCCAGUUUUUAUGCUCUUCAGGCCACAAUUGUUGGACCAUGAUCAGGACUCAAUUGUAGAAAAUCAAACAUCGUUUGAGUAAAUUCUUCAAUCUGUUUACUGCUAUUGGUGGACAGAUUUUCUUGUCAAAAUAUGGGGAGAACCUUCAUGGUUCUGACGGAUGCUUGCCUCGAAUUGUGAGAUACAAAUGCAAUAUCAUCCGAGUGAAUUCUUCAAUGUAUUUACUUUUACUAUUACCUUAGUUGUUGCUGAUAUUGAUGGAACUCAAUGUACUCCAGAUCGUGGGAACGGGAAUGGACUCUCAGGAUACUUCACCUUCGGUGUUGCUCUUCUUUGACGAGCAAAGGUUCAUUUACAGUGCUGGGGAGAUCAAUCAUGUAUUUCUCUCCGUUGUUUGCUUGGAAACAGCUGGUGGAAUUCCAGGACUGUUGUUAACUUUAACUGGCAUUGGAGAUAAGUGAAUGGUGGUAAGCAUUGGUUCUGACACAAGCAAAUCAAUGGACCCUUUUGUGCUCGUGGAGACGGCGAAGAUGAAGUCAUCAAAAUAUCGACGCAUCUUACUCCGAAGGAGAUGUUUGUCAGAAAGAUCUGAAGUAAACCUGAGUGGUAUGUUGGUGAUACAUUUACUUCAGCUAACUGCCCAAAAUUAUGAGCAAGUUUGACCAUGGAAAGACCAAGUCCCUCGGUUUGAGACCCGGGCCCAUCUAUAGCGAAUCUGGGAAAUCUGUGAUGUCAGACCGCAACAACAUCAUGUUUCACCGGAAAGAUGUGAUGGGUCCUCAUGUUCCAGGUCGCAUUAUGUUCCUUUUGACUGCCAAGCAGAGGCUCAUGUAGAUGAUCUGUUAUAAAUGGCACCUCCUGAUGGUUACUGCUCUGGUGAUUCACCAGAGGAUGAUCAUACAGUAAAUUAUAUUGUCCAUUUAAACCCGUCAUCUGUCAAUGCAAUCCCACUUAUGGGAAGUGCAUAGGGAAAUUCAGUUCAGCACAACAUGUUGCUGCUGGGCACCAAACGCGAAAUGUGGAAAUUCCUCUUAUGAAAUCCAGAGUUGCAGCGCACGACUUAAUUACUUGUGCUCCAGUUGUUUCCAGCCCCGGGAUUCUGGUCACUACAGCACAUAAAUAACAGAACAUUAGACUCUUCGAGCGAGUUGUUAACUUCGAUGUUCACGACAUGGAGAUCUUCCCACCAAAAAACAUGUCAGGGUUCAACCCUGUCGUCUUCCAGACCACACCAACUAAACAUUUUCACCGGGUCCUCUCCCUUUUUAUCCCAAGGAAACCACACCAAAAAUCCCAAAACAAGGCAGUAGUAGAAAGCAAGGGGAGGGCCGAGGGAAGCCAUGGCAUGCAGCUCAGUGGCGGCAUCUCCGGCAGGUACAGCUUCUACAACGCAGCACUUGUUGAAAGAGCACUACAAUGGGCUCCGGCGUUCGGAUUCAGGCAAAGACUUGAGGAGGAGUCAACAAGCUAACAUCCGGAGGUCGUAUUCUGACGAUCACCUAUUAUUAUGCAAAUCCGUGAACUGCAAUAUACGCGCCUGCUCAUCAGUGCAGCCUAAAUUGAAGAGCAGCCGUUCGUUUGGAUUCCCGUUAUUCCAAAUGUCGGGCAAUUCUUCCUUCAUCCCAGACCCUGUUAAGUCCCUUCUACUGUUUGACCCAUUGUCGAUGGCGAGCAUAGAGGAUCGUCGUGAUCAGGAGGAGGUGGCAAGCACUAGUGAAGUCGAGAGGUCCGGACAAGAGAGCAAUGAGAUGAUAAGUGACGGCAACAUCGACGAGGGGGUUAAGAGAGCGAAUUGGGUGGAGAGGCUCUUAGAAAUCAGAAGCCAUUGGAGGAGGAAUAUUAGACUACAGAAGAAAGAUGGCCAUGACAUGGACUCUUCUUCUGAUGAUGAUCUUCAUCAUAUGGAUAAAACUGGCUGUGACUGUGAUGAUUAUAAUGGCGAUGAUGAAAGUUCUGGUUGUAUGGUGGAUUACAACAGCUCAGAAGAAGAAGAGAACGAGUACAAUGAGAGGGAGACUUUCUCCAGACUCUUGACCCGUGUUCCUUGGUCUGAUACUAAGCUGUUCUCCAAAUUGGCUUUCUUGUGCAACAUGGCUUAUGUUAUACCUGACAUUAAGGCCAAUGAUCUGAAACGACAUUAUGGGCUCCAGUUUGUGACAUCAUCUUUAGAAAAGAAAGCUGAGGUGGCUGCAAUGAAAGCGAAGCUUGAUGACGGAGAUUCUACUUAUGUUUUACCUGCAAUUUCUGAGCAACCUAGUGGGAGCCAAGAAGAGCACAAGUGUCGUCCUGAAGUUGCUUACGAGAUUGCGGUUUCUGCAGCUUCUUAUGUUCAAUCACGGGCGAAGGAAAUUCACUCAGAUCAGAGCUCUUCUUAUUCAGACCAACCUCAUCCAUUAAACAAAAAAUCACCGUCGGAGGUGGCAGCAUAUGUUGCUGCAUCAACUAUGACAGCAGUUGUUGCAGCAGGAGAGAAGGACAAACAGGAGACCGCAAACAACCUCCAGUCCCUCCAGUCAUCCCCUUGUGAAUGGUUCAUUUGUGACGAUUCCAGUACUUAUACUCGUUCUUUCGUAAUUCAAGGUUCAGACUCCUUUGCUUCUUGGCAGGCAAACCUCUUCUUUGAACCUGCCAAGUUUGAGGGAACUGAUGUGCUGGUUCACAGAGGGAUUUAUGAAGCAGCCAAGGGAAUAUAUGACCAAUUUAUGCCAGAGAUUAUGAGUCAUUUGGAGAGGUAUGGAGAUCGUGCAAAGCUCCAGUUUACAGGUCACUCACUAGGGGGUAGCCUAUCGCUUCUGAUCCACUUGAUGCUGCUGACGAGGAAGGUAGUUACGAAUCCAUCUAUCCUCCGACCAGUGGUCACUUUCGGCUCCCCUUUCGUGUUUUGUGGAGGUAAGAAGGUGCUCAGCAACUUGGGGUUGGAUGAAUCCCACAUUCACUCUGUUAUCAUGCACAGGGACAUCGUCCCAAGAGCUUUCUCCUGCAACUAUCCCGACCAUGUGGCACUACUCCUCAAGCGUUUGAAUGGAACCUUCAGAUCCCACCCUUGCCUUAAUAAGCAGAAGAUGCUGUACUCGCCUCUCGGGAAGCUGUUCAUCCUCCAGCCUGAAGAGGAAUCAUCCCCUGCACAUCCUUUAAUGCCGUCGGGAAGUGGCUUCUAUACUUUAGAUGAUCCGAAGCUUGGGAACCACUCCGAUGGCAACGACUCCAAGUCCUCCAAAGGUAGUGCCCUCAAGGCAUUUCUGAACCGCCCUCACCCACUGGAAACUCUGAGUAACCCUACAGCCUAUGGUUCCGAAGGCACAAUCCUGCGAGACCAUGACUCGGGCAACUACCUCAAGGCAUUGCAUGGCCUCGUGAGGCAAAAAUCGAAAGCAACGACCAUGAAAGCAAUGAAGCAACUGAAUAAUAACGUCUUGUGGCCGCUACUAAAGGCACCCUCUCCUCAUUCUUGGGAUGAUCAGUAUUGUAACAUUACUGGAAGUAACGACGUGGAGAACAAGUUGGUGUUGGUGAAUAAUGAAGUAAUGACGGGAGCGUGAGUUCAAUUUUUUUUCUUCUUUCUAGGUUCCACUUAUUAGUCAUUCAAUCUCCUCUUCAUCAUUUGCUCUAUUAUUUCAGAUAUCCUCCAUAUGUAGAUCUUUUGUGAAUUGUGAUACACACGCAACGAGCUUGUUUGUCAAUAAUACUAUUAGCAGGAGUAGAAACUACGGCAGUUAAGAAGUUGCAUAUGUCUAUUGAUUCAAAU